GGACGCUUGUUCGGUUGUUCCCACGCGGCCACUUUAUUUCCCCUUCUUCUUCUCCCUCCCGAGUUCCACCCCAUACACACACUCCCACCCCAUACCAAGGCGAUCACAAGAGCAGACGAGCUGAGGCUCCCCUCCCGGCCUUCAAGCAGGCUAGAAAUCGAUGGCGGACUGGGGCCCGGUGGUGGUGGGCGUGGUGCUGUUCGUGCUGCUGUCGCCGGGCCUGCUGUGCGAGCUCCCGGGCUCCCACCGCCACGUCGACUUCGGCGGCUUCCACACCAACGGCAAGGCCAUCUUCGUCCACACCCUCAUCUUCUUCGCGGCCUUCACCAUCCUCACGCUGGCGCUCCACGUCCACAUCUACACCGGCUAGCUAGGCUGAUGCGGACGGGAGGAUCCAGAUCGGGAGGAGGCAUGCCGCCGCCGCUGCUUGUUUGUUCAUCCUCGACGAAAACAAGUGCCUGUACUGGUUCUGCCAGCUAUGUAGUAAGACAUCGUCUGUAAUUCGAUUCUGUAGGCG